AUGAGGAAUUCAAGAAAAAGCAAAAUGGUGACAGAAGAAAACAACCACCACAAACAAGCAUAUGGGAGAGUGCAACAAUCUGAUCCAAAUGAACAUGAAUAUUCUUUUCGAAUAAGCCACACAUCAGAAACUAGCCAUACAAAUUAUGAUCAUCCUCCUCCUCGAUUAAGUUCCGAUUAUAGCCCUACUCUCGCUGCAUCUCCGACAUGGGACCCAUCAUCAUCUCCAUGUUUAGAUUCUUCUUGGGACCAGAGUCACCAAACAUCGCCAUUAUCAAGAUCUCCAUGGACAUCUCACGUCGAAAAUAGUAGUACUAAUUAUUCAUAUACAGGGCUCAUGGGGUCCCUCGUUCGCGAAGAAGGCCAUAUAUAUUCUUUGGCAGCUUCAGGGGAUUUGUUAUACACGGGGUCUGAUAGUAAGAAUAUUAGGGUGUGGAAGAAUCACAAAGAAUUUUCCGGUUUCAAAUCAAAUAGUGGAUUGGUGAAAGCAAUUAUAAUUGCUGGAGAAAGAAUAUUCACGGGUCAUCAAGACGGAAAGAUUCGAGUCUGGAAGGUCUCUGGCAAGGAUCCAAGCAUUUACAAACGAAUUGGAACUUUGCCAACUUUAACGGCUUGUAUAAAAAGUUCACUGAAACCUAGCAAGAAUGUGUGGAUAAAGCAUUUUGAUGCUAUUUCAUGCCUUACCAUGAGCGAGGACCAAAAGCAUUUGUAUUCAGCAUCUUGGGAUAAAACCAUAAAAGUUUGGAGAGCAUCAGAUUCGAAAUGCUUGGAAUCGAUAAAAGCCCACGACGAUGCUGUAAAUUCAAUCGUCGUAGGUUUUAAUGGGCUACUUUUUUCAGGUUCUGCUGAUGGAACAGUAAAAAUAUGGAGAAAAGAAUCACAAGGGAAAGGAACAAAACACUUCUUUUCACAAACAUUGUUGAAGCAAGAAUGCGCGGUAACAGCAUUAGCUGUUGACCCUUCAUCGAGUUUCCUCUAUUGUGGCUCCUCUGAUGGGCUAGUUAAUUAUUGGCAACGCGACAAACUUCUUUCCCAUGGAGGAGUUUUACGUGGUCAUAAGCUUGCAACACUAUGUUUAGCAGCCGCGGGAAAUUUAAUUUUCAGUGGAUCAGCUGAUAAUAAUAUUUGUGUAUGGAAAAGGGAUGGAGGGGAACAUACAUGUUUAUCAUUGUUGAGCGGCCAUUCUGGUCCUGUUAAAUGCUUGGCUGUUGAAGAGGACCAAGAAAAAACAGGUGGUGAUAAACAGUUUAUUGUUUACAGUGGCAGCCUCGAUAAAUCGGUGAAGAUUUGGAGAGUCUCAUCGAAGUUGGUACCAAACCAGGCCGAGGUGGGGAUGAGUCCGCCGCAAAAUGUUCCUUCAGCUUGUAGCUUUGGGACACAAGGUAGCUGCAGAGUUAGCCAAAGGAGAAAAUAAUAAUGGUGGAAACUGGGAAACACAAACGGGAAAAGACAUACUCCCCCUGUUCCAAAAAGAUUAUCAUCCUUUCCUUUUUAUUUUGUCCCAAAAAGAUUGUUUCCUUUUUAUAUUUAGAAACAAUUUAACUUUAUGAGAUGAUUUACAACCACACAAAUAUCUAAGGCUUAUUUUGGACCACACGUUUCAAAAGUCCUCCUUUAUUUCUUAAACUUUGUGCCAAGUCAAAAGAGGAUAAUCUUUUUGGGACGGAGGGAGUAUUUCUUUUGAUAAUUGUGUAGACGCAGUUAGCUUUGGAAAUUGACCAAGUUCUCAUCUAUCUUUUGCU